UCAAUGUUAGUCCACAUAAUACAGCUAUGUCCAUCUAUUAGAAAUCAAAUGUAGUAUGAUAAUACUCAACUGCUAACGCAGUUCUUUAUAUCAUAUAUAUAGUACAGAAGCAGUUUAGCUUUGCGCAGUUCUAUACAUAUCACGUUUCUCAUCUUGCUUAUUUUUAUAAAGUUUUAUUCUCCACUGUGCAUGUGUAAAAAAUAGUGACAAAGCAAGCAAUUAAAAAAUACUUAUGAGGCGUUUUAAAAAUCAGUAUCUCUGACGCAUCUGAUGAUUCUCUUCAAUUACCGACAUUACUGGAACUAAUUUAAAAAACUAUAUUUAUGCACUAUUCUUCCGACAUCUAUGCCUUACUGUGAUUUACACAAUGAGUGCAGGUUUAAAAAAUGAUAUCCUUGUGAAAGGCUUGAAUGGAAAUUGGUGCUGGAAGUUACGAGAAGAUAAGUUUACUGAGUAACAAGUUAAAUAACCACUAGCCUUACACAAUCUCAGCAUGCAGCAUACCGUGUUUGGCUAUUCACUGACAUGGACGAAUUAUCGUACACUCCUGUUUAUGAUGACAAAACACAUCGAAAUUUGGAGCAAAAAUUCUCCCGGAUAAAAGGUGAGUGCUACGUAGAUCACGCAGGUAGUACUCUGUAUUCUGAUAAUCAGAUUAAGGAAUCUUUGGACGAUUUAUUGACAUCAUUGUACACAAAUCCUCAUUCCCAUGGAGUUAAUGGAAAUAUUACGGAGGAAACUAUUGACAACAUUCGAUACAUUAUUUUAGAUCACUUCCACACAACGCAAGAUGAAUACAGUGUUAUUUUUACAUCUGGAGCCACAGCUUCUUUAAAACUUUUAGCUGAAACAUUUAGUUUUAGGACUACACAAAAUGAGUCAAAUGGAAAAUAUGGAAAUUUUGUUUAUCUACAAGAUAAUCACACAUCAGUACUUGGAAUGAGGGAGUUAGUUUUACAGAAAGGAGCUAAUGUUGUUUGUAUUGACCACAAAAAUGCAUACAGAAUUUUAGAGCAGAAUUUCGAUAGCAAUUAUUCAAUUGAAAAACAAUCCAAUUCAUUAUUUGUGUAUUCCGCCCAAUGUAACUUUUCAGGAUUAAAAUAUCCUUUAAGUUGGAUUGAUAAAGUAAAAUCUGGAUAUUUGAAUUCUUACGUAGGAAAUGAGUCUAACUGGUUUAUUAUGCUAGAUGCAGCAAGUUUUGCAGCUACUAAUGAUUUGAAUCUUUCAGUAUACAAACCAGAUUUUGUAUGUCUAUCAUUUUAUAAACUGUUUGGUUAUCCCACUGGUAUAGGAGCUCUCCUAGUAAAAAAUAGUAGUGCUGGUAUUUUAAACAAAACAUACUAUGGAGGUGGAACAGUUAAUUUAGCUUUGAGUUCUAAAAUGUACCAUGUCAAUAGAAAAAUCCUGCAUGAAAGGUUUGAAGAUGGAACAAUUUCUUUUUUAACUAUCAUUUCACUUCGGUAUGGAUUCAAACUUUUAUCUGAAAUAUCUAUGCCCAAGAUAUCCUUGCAUGUAUUUUCUUUAGCACGGUGCUUAUAUAAAUCUUUACUUAUGUUGCAUCAUCAAAAUGGAGCACCAGUUGUAAAAUUAUAUUCUGACACUGACUAUGAAAAUAUAGAUAUACAGGGUGGAGUGGUGACUUUCAAUAUAUUAAGAGCUAAUGAAGAAUAUAUUGGUUUUAUGGAAGUUCUCAACAUGGCUGCUUUGCAUAAAAUUCACUUACGUACAGGAUGUUUUUGCAAUCCGGGAGCUUGUCAACGACAUAUGAAUCUUUCUGAUAUUGAUAUUUUAAAAAAUUACGACACUGGAUAUACUUGUGGCGGUACGGUCGACUUAAUUGAUGGUAAACCGACUGGCGCUGUUCGAAUAUCAUUUGGAUAUAUGUCAACAAUAAGCGAUGUAAAAACAAUUCUCACAAUGAUCAGAAAAUGUUUCGUGAAAGGAAAAGAAGUUAUAAAAUAUCCUUUAUGGUGGCAUGAAUUCCAAGAGAAAAUACGCGUGAAAUAUAAAGCUCAUGCUGCAAUAGGCUGUUACAAUAAUAGUGUAAACCGCGAGUUUACAGCAGACGAGUCGUUGAUCGACGUUAUAAAUGAAAAUAUGAUAAACAAAAUAUGUUUUACUCAAAAUAUUAUUUCAAAUUUUCUCGACGAUAAGGCAAUCCCUCGAUUAUCCAAAGUAUUUAUUUAUCCUGUGAAAUCAUGCGGAGCAUACGAAAUUGAAAAUUGCUGGAAAGUGACGUCAAAAGGAUUGCAAUACGAUCGAGAGUGGAUGAUUGUAACAUCGUUAGGAGUUUGUCUUACACAAAAACAAGAAACUAAACUAUGCUUAUUGAUGCCAGUCGUCGACUUGAAACAUAAUGUUUUGAAACUGAAUUAUCCAAACAUGCCAACUAUAGAUGUGCCCUUGAUUUUUAAAUUAAAUCAAAUCCGUAACAGUAAAAUUUGCAGGGGUAAAAUCUGUGGACAUAAAGUUGAAGGAAUUGAUUGUGGUAUAGAAGUUUCUGAAUGGCUCAGUUUGGCAUUAGGAAGGCCUAAUCUUAGGCUAGUGAGGCAAUGUGAAGCAGUUUUGCAAAAAGUUGAUAAACCAGAACUAUCUUUUGCAAGUCAAAGUCAAUAUCUUUUGAUAAACAACUCUAGCAUUCAGUGGUUAAGUGAUAAAAUUGAAGAAGAUUUGGAAUGUGAUAAAAAUACCUUAUUACAUCGAUUUCGAGGAAAUUUCAUUGUUGACGGAUGUAUAGCAUUUGAAGAAACGAAAUGGAGUGAAGUGAAGAUUGGAAAUUGUCACUUCAAGGUUGAAGGAGUUUGCACUAGAUGUCAAAUGGUAUGCAUUGAUCAAUUGACUGGCAAGAAAACUAUAGAACCGUUGCGUACUUUAGCGGAAGAGUUUCAUGGAAAACUCAAAUUUGGAAUAUAUUUAGUUAACGAAUUUCAAGAAAAUGAUGUGUUAAAAAUUGGUGAUAGAUUAUUCUAUCACUAAAUUAAAAAUACAAGUAUUCAGAGCAUUGUGAUAUAAAUUAAGUUUUAUAGUUGGAAUAAUAUACAAUAAUUUUUAAAAGAAGAUUCAUUUUUAUUUCAUAAUUAUAGUUCAGUCUUUUUGUAAUUUUGUGAAUCAUUUGAACGAAUGAAAUAU